AUGGCAGGGACCGAGAGUGAUGGCGCUACUGCCAAGAGCAGAUCCACGACCUCGAGUAUGGAGUCUGCGUCUGUGAUGGAGUACCUUCGUUCGCAUGGGUUUGCGAAAGCCUUAAGUGCUAUGCAGGCCGAAAUGGACGCCGUGAAAGCAGGCGCCUCGGCGACGCAGGCUUCGGCGGCUCGCGAUGCGCAGCUUGGCCCCAAUCAAGUGAGUAUGGCGGAGCUGGCGAGCAAAAAUGUGCCGCGUGAUCCACGCGACAAGGAGGCGGGCCCUGACGCGAGUGCUAGCUCGGGGCUGGAGCAGGCCGGCGCGCAGGCGCUCCUUCUCGAUCCCACCGAUACGGCGCGUGGGUUUGCCAUGAUCAAGACGUGGUGUACAGGCAGUUUGGAUAUUUACCAACCGGAGCUUCUCCCGUUACUGCUUCCGCUGUUUGUGCACAGCUACCUCAACAUGGUCGACAUGGGCCUAGGCAUGGCGGCGACGGAGUUUUUCUCUGCCCAUGCCUCGUUUUUCCAGCCCAUUCACGCAUCGCUGCUCUCGCAUCUUCGUGCGUUGUGUCUUCCAUCGCACAUCGCGUCCGAUGAACUUGCACAGCGGUUCCGCACAGAGCGAUAUGUGCUCAAGAUGUCGCCCAACGUGUUUGGCUUGCUUAUUGGCUGGCUCACAGAUGGCACGAGCCCCGUAGGCUUCUCGAGCUUGGAAGACAUUUCUGUGGUGGACAACAUAUUGGAGCCGUCACGUCGUGGUCGUGAAGCGAUGCUGAAGAUCAUCAACGAGCGCUGCCGAAUCCAAGUCCUUCGCUCCGCAUUAUUCCAGCUUGAUCCACUGCAGCUCGAAGAAGGUACAGGGCUUACUGGUGCCGGCCCAUCGUACUCCUCAACGACCGCUGCUGCCGCUUCGCGGUACCAUCCACAGCUCCAAGCGGGCGUGGUGUCAGAGACAGAUGCGAUUGCGGACUUUAAUGCACGUGCGGCAGGCCCUCAGCUGAAGCUGCAUCCGCGAAUUCCGCUCGCCGACGACUUGAAAGACGAAGUCGAGCAUGUCCUGCGUGAAGAACAGCAUCAGCUGCAAGCGAAGGAAGGCGCAGAGAACAAGGACGAGUCAACGGCCAAGGAGCCGGAGGCUAAGGAUACCAAUGCCUCGCCGGCGCCUUCAUCGCGCGGAAUGUCGGCGACACCGAUGCGUGAAGAUGCCGAGGAAAUGCAGCAGGAUACGUCGGGCCUACUGAGCGCUACGCUGGCCGAUUUACCGCCGCAGCCGUCCAUGUUCCGUACGGUCGACUUGCUGCGUGAAGUCGAGCGUGUUCGCGAUGCCCGAAAAUGCCUGCAGAUUGAUCCUUCGAAAGCACCUGAGCCUGCGACUGCGAACGACGCGAAACCGCCGCAGGCAUGGGAAGGUGUGCCGCGUACAGUGGGUCUUCCGAGUGUCUGCAUGUACACGUUCUACGAUGCAGAAGAUGGACUUACAUGCAGUUCCUUCUCGACUGAUUUGACAUUGAUGGCGGCAGGCUUUGAAGAAAGCUACGUGCAGGUAUGGAGCUUGAAAGGCGAGCCCCUGCGUGAGCUGGAAAGCGACUUGAAUCUGUCGGCCAUUCGGGAUCGCAAGACGCUCAACAAGCAUCGUGUUCCAGGCGAAGCAACGUCGCGCAAACUCAUUGGGCACAGCGCGCCUGUGUAUGGUGUCUCGUUUGAUCCUGUGGGAGGCAGUGGCUCACAACCGCGUCAUCUGCUGAGCUGCAGUGCGGAUGGCACUGCGCGAUUGUGGAGUCUGGAUACCUACUCGGCCCUGGUAGCCUACCGCGGCCACCAGUACCCUCUAUGGGACAUUGCGUGGGGUCCGCUAGGCACCUACUUUGCCACGGCCAGUGCCGAUCGCACCGCGCGAUUGUGGAGUGCCGAGCGAAUUCAUCCUCUGCGCAUUUACGCGGGCCACUUGUCGGACGUGGACUGCUUGAGUUUCCAUCCCAACUCGCUGUACCUCGCUACAGGCUCGUCGGAUCGCUCAUGCCGUUUGUGGGAUGUGCAGCGUGGUGCCUGUGUGCGUCUGUUUGUGGGCCACCAAUCGCCUGUGACGUGUGUGCGUAUCAGCUCAGAUGGCCGGUACUUGGCCUCGGCGAGUGCUGGAAGUCUGUCCAGUGCGCUGGGCCAAGCGCGCAGCGCGACGCCAGACGCCCACUCGAUCAGCUUGUGGGACUUGGCGUCCGGUCGUCGGAUCAAGAAAAUGUGGGGCCACACCUCUACGAUUCACGAUAUGGCCUUUAGUGCGGACGGCGCUGUGCUGGUCUCCGGCUCGGCUGACGAUACCGUGCGCUGUUGGGACGUACGUACAGCGCAAGAUACCAACGCGCCCGACGCCGAGGCAAGUGCCGAUUGCGUAGGCACCUACUACACCAAAGACACACCCGUGUACGAUGUUCACUUUUCGCCCCGCAACCUUUGCCUGGCGGCUGGUGUGUACACGGGCGCUUCGUCAUAG